AUGAGUGGCGACAAGAAUAAUCCCCCUUCCGGUGAUCCUUUGCGCAAUAUACUCCAACUAGAAGAAUUACAGGAUUCUCUCAUUGAUGAUUAUCCAGCGGAUGUUCAACACGAUCAUAGGGUUUUCAUGGAACUAAUAGAUUCAUAUCCUAGUCUUUUGGAUCACCUGACGAAUGGCAAGGAGGAGGAUGUCAUUCAUGUAGGAGGAUUGAGAAUCAAGUCUGACUGCGGGUUCAACCAUGAAAUCACUGGUGCCUUGCUUUGCCCAGCAGGCCUUGACUGGUCUCAUGCAGAAACCAAGCAGAGUCUGAAUAGCGGUGAAACUAUGGUCCAUGGGGACCAGUGGCCUGUAUUCUUGUAUGCUGGGUAUGAAUAUGAUCCUGAAGAUCCCUGGAAAGGCUUACUCAGGAGCGAGAUACUCAUUUUUGUAAGAUACUUUUACUAUUUCAAACAUGUUUUUACAUCUCCAAGCUCGGUCGAUAAGGAGCCAAAGGCCACAUGCUCUGGCAACGCUUACCUGCACAACAUGAAAUCUUAUGUUGCGAUGCAGGUUCGGUUUUCUUUGAGUUUGUUGUUCGUGUUUUCACAUACCGACACAGUCACAGACUCCGAAAACUUUUACCAUAGUAUUCUUGACUUGUUGGAAGAUCCUGAUGAAAGUGAGGAAGUGAAUGACUUGAUGACAUUGUGGACAUGGUUUCGCACAAUCAGCAAAAACAGUGCACUAUCUAAGAUUUGGGAAAAAUGUGCUGCCCUGCAGGAACAAGCUACUGCCAAUACCAAUUAG